UGGCCGCGGGUCAUCGAUUCAUUCCGCUUCUCGAUUUAUCGGCGCUCGAUUGAGGCGCAUGGUAGGGUUACUUCCGGCUUCUGGCUACGUUUCCGGCUUUGUGUUCUUAGUGGCCACGGCGCCGGCCUCAGGCUGUUUGAACAGUUUAACCCAAAACAUGGAUAUCCGACCAAAUCAUACAAUUUAUAUCAACAAUAUGAAUGACAAAAUUAAAAAAGAAGAAUUGAAGAGAUCCCUGUAUGCCCUGUUUUCUCAGUUUGGCCACGUGGUAGAUAUUGUGGCUUUAAAGACCAUGAAGAUGAGGGGACAAGCCUUUGUUAUAUUUAAAGAACUGGGCUCUUCCACGAAUGCCCUGAGACAGUUGCAGGGAUUUCCAUUUUAUGGUAAACCAAUGCGAAUCCAGUAUGCAAAAACAGAUUCUGACAUAAUAUCCAAAAUGCGUGGCACUUUUGCUGACAAAGAAAAGAAGAAAGAAAAGAAAAAAGCCAAAACUGUGGAACAAACAGCAAUGACUGCAAAUAAAAAGCCUGGUCAGGGAACACCAAAUUCAGCUAAUACCCAAGGAAAUGCUACACCAAAUCCUCAGGUCCCUGAUUACCCUCCAAACUAUAUUUUAUUCCUCAAUAAUUUACCGGAAGAGACUAAUGAGAUGAUGUUAUCCAUGCUGUUUAAUCAAUUCCCUGGUUUUAAGGAAGUACGUUUGGUACCUGGGAGGCAUGACAUUGCAUUUGUUGAAUUUGAAAAUGAUGGACAGGCUGGAGCUGCCAGGGAUGCUUUACAAGGAUUUAAGAUCACACCAUCCCAUGCCAUGAAGAUCACCUAUGCCAAGAAAUAGCAUUUGGGAUAGUUAUCUUUAAAGGACUUGGUGUUAUUUAUACUGUUUGUUUUGAUAACAUUUGGUCAGGCCAUUUUAAUAGUUGGGGGUAGAGGGAAGUAAAAGUGAAAUUUUUGUUCAGGUUUUUAAAAAAUUACCUAUUCUUCUUUUAGCCUUAGUGAACUAUGAAAUGUGAAGGCCUUAAUUUUGUACAAUAAACUUUUAUUUGUAUUCUAUACAUGAUA